GAACGGUAACCACAAAGAUCAAAGAUGGGGCCAGCAGUGCAGUACAAGGGUAUUGUUACGGUACUUGUUCUUGUUUGCUUGGCGAUGAUGUGCCUAGGCGUUCUCGGCGAUGUCGCCUCGGAUGAUGGGGCAGUACGCGCGCAGGCAGAGAACAAGCGAGCGGGCGACAGCGGGAGAGGCGAAGAUGCAGCUAGGCUUGCCGCCGACGAGCUUGCCAUUGUGAUUGACGGCUCCAGCUCCGAGUGGGGAUCUGUGCCGCACACAAGUAGAGAUGAUGGGUUCAACGACGGCCUCCGCAACGCGGAUCCAGCGCCCUACAAGCACCCGCUUGCGGGGGGCGACGACUUUCUUCAGCUACGGUACGCGUCGGACACGACGUCUGUUUAUGCAACAACAACGAUGAAGGGACCAUCGAGUGAGUCUGCACCAGGUGAUCUGGCAUACUUUAUUGUGCCGUCAGGUGGGACCGAUCGCGGAUACGAGUUCCGGACGGGCGUCUUUGCAGUGGCUAUGAUGCUCAACGGCAUCGGCUACGUGUACGAUGGACCAGGGACGGGCACUCUGUGGGCAUGGAAGGCGCUUGCGAGCGGAUCCGAGUACGAACAUGCCUGGGUCUCGACAGUGGUUGAGUUCCGGGUGGCGAUUGCGGCGUGGUCGACGUUUACCAUUGGCGCAGGCCAGUACGAGGUGUACGGCGUGUCGACGGACACCAAGGGGACCGCCGACUUUAGCGACGAUGUUGUCGACUAUGUACCUGACAUUGGCGAGUUUGCAUACCCUCCGCCGCCAUCGCCACCUCCGGCGCCGCCAUCGCCACCUCCUCCGCCGAGCCCGCCUCCGCCAUCACCACCACCCAGCCCGCCGCCGCCGUACGAGUCUGGCGACGUGGUGCUCGACGGCGAGGACUGGGACUGGCAGGCCAAGAGCCACACACUUGUCAACGACGGAACGAACGACGGACUCUCUGCUGCAGACGCACAGCCGUACAAGAAUGAGCUGAGGGCUGGCGACGACUUUGUUCGCCUUCGCUUUGCUGCAGACGCAGGCGAGGUCCAGGCGCUGAGCGAGAUGCGCGGACCUGUGGCGUCGACCGACGGCGACCUUGCGUUCUUCAUCGAGCCAUCUGUGAGUACCAACUGGGGCUACGAGUUUCUGCCGGGCAAGUUUGCGGUGGCGAUGAUGCUCAACGGGAUUGGGUAUGUCUACGAUCGCCAGGACAAGAGCAAUGCAUGGGCGUGGCGGCCGAUGUCGGCUGGAAGCUUUGGCUAUGCGACGUCGGGCAACAACGCCGAGUUUACGAUGAAGACGUCCGAGUGGAGCUCGUUUACGACGAGCGGCGAUCUUCUGGUACAUGGCAAGUCUGUGGACACGCGCGGGACACCGUCCGACUUUGUGGACGAUUAUGUCGACUAUGUGCCUGACAUCGGCGAGUUUGCGACGCAGAGUCCGCCGCCGCCGCCGAGACCGCCACCGAGUCCGUCACCACCGCCGAGCCCGCCGCCACCACCGCCAAGCCCGCCGCCACCGCCGAGCCCGCCACCACCGAGCCCACCGCCGAGCCCACCACCGCCCUAUGUGGCUGGCUCGGUGCUUGUGGAUGGCGAGGACUGGGACUGGCUGGCCAAGAGCCACACACUUGUCAACGACGGGACGAACGACGGACUCUCUGCUGCAGACGCACAGCCGUACAAGCACGAUCUGCGGGCAGGCGACGAUUUUGUCCUGCUGAGGUUUGACAGCGACGGAAGCAAGGUCGAGGCGCUGGGCGAGAUGCGCGGGCCUGUCGGGUCGACCGACGGCGACCUUGCGUUCUUCAUCGAGCCGUCUGUGAGUACCAACUGGGGCUACGAGUUUCUGCCGGGCAAGUUUGCGGUGGCAAUGAUGCUCAACGGGAUUGGGUAUGUCUACGAUCGCCAGGACAAGAGCAGUGUAUGGGCGUGGCGGCCGAUGGAUGCCGGGUCGUACGCGUACGCGGCGUCGGGCAACAAUGCCGAGUUUAUGAUGCAAGCUUCAGAGUGGAGCACGUUUACGACGAGUGGCGAUCUGCUGGUGAACGGCAAGUCUGUGGACACGCGUGGAACGCCAUCGGACUUUGUGGAUGACUACGUGGACUAUGUGCCAGACAUCGGCGAGUUUGCGUCGACGAGCACAGGUGGCAGUGGUGGCACGACUGGCAGCAGUACGACUGGUGGUAGUACGACUGGUGGCAGUACGACUGGUGGUAGCACGACGAGUGGUACGACGCCUCCGCCCCCUCCGCCGCCUCCACCGUUUGUGGCAGGCAACGUGCUUGUGGACGGCGAGGUGUGGGACUGGAUGAUGCGCAACCACACGUACGUGGUCGACGGCACGAACGACGGACUGUCUGCCGCGGAUGCGCAGCCGUACAAGCACGAUCUUCGGGCCGGCGACGACUUUGUCAUGCUGCGGUACAGCAGCACCGACGAGGUGGUGCAUGGAUUUGGCGAGAUGCGCGGGCCUGUCGGGUCGACGGACGGCGAUCUUGCGUUUUUCAUCCAGCCCAACUCGACCAACUGGGGCUACGAGUACCUGCCUGGAAAGUAUGCGGUGGCAAUGAUGCUCAACGGGAUUGGGUAUGUGUAUGACCGCCAGGACAAGAGCAGCGCAUGGGUAUGGCGACCGAUGGAUGCCGGGUCGUACGCGUACGCGGCGUCGGGCAACAACACUGAGUUUAUGAUGCAAGCAUCCGAGUGGAGCUCGUUUACGACGAGUGGUGGUUAUGCUGUGCAAGGCAAGUCUGUGGACACGCGCGGCACACCGUCCGACUUUGUGGACGAUUACGUCGACUAUGUACCAGACAUCGACGAAUUUGCAUCGACGAGUGGUACAAGCGGAGGAACAACGGGUGGCACGACGCCCGCGCCUACCCCCGCACCAACGCCGGCCCCGACGCCGAACUUUAGCAGCAUGUCGUGCAUGGAGGUCGGGAGCCAGGGCAUGCGGGUGUACUGGCAGCCGAUCACCGGUGCUGACACGACAAUCACACUGGGUAUGUCUGUGCCGUCGAGCACGGGCUGGGUCGGCAUGGGCUUUGUACCGUCGUCGACGUCGAUGGCAAACGGCGACUUUGCGUUUGCGUACGUGGACGGUGCAACGCCAUACCUUCUGGACACACACCGCGGGGCCGGAUCCGGUCCUGUGGCCGUGGACACUGUCGGUGACUACACAGGUACGACAGUGAUGAAUUUUGGCGGUGUGCUGCAGGCGCAGUUUACACGUGCGCUUGUGACCGGCGAUAGCCAGGACCGCGACAUUGUGGCCGGCCCGAAUCUGGUUGCGUGGGCGUUUAACUCUGCAGCGACGCCGUCGAACCCGCCGACCGGUAGCGACUACCACACGGCGCGGGGAACAGAGAUGAUCGACUUUACUGCUGUGAUGUCGUGCAGCGGCGGAACGAGUGGCGGAACGAGUGGCGGGACGAGCGGCGGCACGACGGGUGGAGAGCCCACGCCUCCGCCUACUCCUGCGCCUACUCCUGCGCCUACUCCUCCCAACUUUAGCAGCAUGUCGUGCAUGGAGGUCGGGAGCCAGGGCAUGCGGGUGUACUGGCAACCGAUCACCGGUACUGACACGACAAUCACACUGGGUAUGUCUGUGCCGUCGAGCACGGGCUGGGUCGGCAUGGGCUUUGUACCGUCGUCGACGUCGAUGGCAAACGGCGACUUUGCGUUUGCGUACGUGGACGGUGCAACGCCAUACCUUCUGGACACACACUCGCGGGGCCGGAUCCGGUCCUGUGGCCGUGGACACUGUCGGUGA